UUGAUAUACCAAGUUAUCGAUGCAAACUCCGAGAUAUUAUUACAGUGAAGGAUGAACAAAACUCUAGAACUUUGGUUCAAAACCUUAUUGAGUCAUCUGCCCCCGAGGAAUUGCCAAACCAUCUGACUCUUCACACAUUCCAAUAUGAAGG